AUGUCUUUCUCCUUCGGCGGCACACCCUCCAGCGGCACGCCCAGCGGCACACCCAGCGGAGGCCUCUUCGGAUCCGGCGGCAAUGCUUUCGGUGCCAACAAGAAUACCACAACAUCCGGAACGACUAACAGCCUCUUCGGGAACGUUGGAGCUCCGGCCAGCGGUACUUCGUCGCCCUCUAUGUUUGGAGGAGGCUCAGCCGCAGGCUCGGGCAAUACAAUGUUCGGUGGAGGCGCUUCUAAUGCAGGUGCUUCCAAUGCGACCCCCGGUGCUAGCUCCGGCUUCAGCUUCGGCGGUGCGCCCAGCACCCAGACUAACUCAUUGUUCGGUGGCGGCGGCAGCCAAACUCCCAACAAGACUACAGAAUCGACUACACCCGGUCAGACUUCCACCAGCGGACUGUUUGGUGGCGGCGGCGCUGGUGGUGGAAAGAGCAUGUUUGGAAACGCUGCCUCUGCGACACCUACCCCCGCCAGCGGUUCCUUGUUCGGAAACAAUUCUACCACUCCUGCGGGCCCCCCACCGGGAUCCAAAGCACCCACUAGCCUAUUUGGAGCUGGCGCUUCCACCACACCCUCCGCCGCUACGCCCUCGUCGACGACACCCACUACAUCACAGCCGUCUUCUGGUCUCUUCGGAGCGGGAGCUCCCGCUGCGUCUGGUGCUGCGAAGCCAUUGUUCGGAGGAGGAGCCCCUGCUGCCGCACCCAGCAGUAACCUUUUCGGUGGUGGAAAUCAAGACAAACCGGCCGCGUCAACCACUCCCGCUCCUGCGGAGAGCACCCCCAAGCCGCCACUGUUUGGAGCUGCGGCAACUGCGCAGGGCAGCCAACAGUCGACUCCUUCUCUGUUUGGCAACAAUGCGUCUACUGCCGCUGGCGCAUCUACUCCGAAGCCUGCAUUCAGCCUCGGUGGUGCGGCUCCUUCCACCACAAGUGCUGCUACCCAGCCCUCCCUAGGAGCCCCCGCUUCCUCGACUGCUACUCCUCAGAAGUCUCUUUUCCCUGCUCUAGGUGGUGCCACAUCCACUGCUGCGCCUUCAACUACCCCGGCCGCGGCUCCCUCUGGGUCCUUGUUCUCAGGCCUUGGCAAGACAACUGCCUCGACUACUCCAGGUACUGCUGCUACAACCGCUGCGCCUGCUACAUCUACUGCACAGCCUGCUGCUCCUUCCGGUGGACUAUUCGGCCAGGCCGCCUCCACCCCCUCGACCAAACCAGCCGCACCUCUCGGCGGUACCACGACCACCGCCCCAGCUCCUGCUUCGACCGCAACUGCCGCCUCAGGCGCCACUGCUACAGCGACCGGUGUCUCUGCCCUUGGUCAGUCUACGGCUGGCCCCGCUCCCCCAGCUCAGUCACGUCUGAAGAACAAGACUAUGGAUGAGAUCAUUACCCGAUGGGCCACAGACCUUACCAAGUACCAGAAGGACUUCCGCGAACAGGCCGAGAAGGUUUCUGAAUGGGAUCGUCUGCUAGUAGAGAAUGGUACUAAAGUUCAGAAGCUGUACGGUAGCACUGUUGACGCGGACCGGGCCACCCAGGAAGUUGAGCGCCAACUGGCAUCUGUAGAAGGACAACAGGAUGAGCUCAGCGCAUGGUUGGACCGAUAUGAGCGUGAAGUGGAUGAGAUGGUUUCCAAGCAAGUGGGCCCUGGAGAGUCCCUGCAAGGACCCGAUCAGGAACGUGAGAAGACAUACAAACUGGCUGAGAAGCUCUCGGAUCGCCUGGACGAGAUGGGCAAGGACCUUACCAGCAUGAUCGAGGAGGUGAAUGGCGCUUCGGCAACAUUGAGCAAGACCAACAAGGCAGACGAGCCUAUCUCCCAGAUCGUCCGUAUCCUCAACUCGCAUCUGUCCCAGCUCCAGGUCAUCGACCAAGGCACUUCGGACCUGCAGGCCAAGGUUGCUGCAGCUCACCAAGCAGGCCAGUCGAUCUCUGCCCGUCUCGGAUACGGGUACGCCAGCCCUGGCAUGGGCAAUGGCCACGCCGCUGAUGACUUCUAUCGCUCCUACAUGGGUCGGCGGUAG